AUGGUGAUCGCUGCCGCCGCCUCGGGCAGACCAGGCCGCGCCGAGCCCCCGCCUUGGCAGCUGCAGCGGGAUUCUGGAAGGAUGAGGUCCUCCCUGGCUCCUCUGGGGGUCCCCGUGAGCCGGGACCGCGUCAUCGCCAGCUUCCCUAAGUGGUACACGCCCGAAGCCUGCCUGCAGCUCAAGGACCACUUCCAUGGGCAGGUCAGCGCAGCCUGCCAGCGCAGGAACACGGGGACUGUCGGGCUCAGACUCUCCAAGGUGGUUGUCGUUGGCGACCUCUACGUGGGGAAGACCAGCCUUAUCCACAGGUUUUGCAAGAAUGCGUUUGACCGAGACUAUAAGGCCACCAUUGGGGUGGACUUUGAGAUCGAGCGCUUUGAGAUCGCAGGAGUUCCCUACAGCCUCCAGAUCUGGGACACAGCCGGGCAGGAGAAGUUCAAGUGCAUUGCAUCUGCCUACUACCGUGGUGCCCAGGUGAUCAUCACAGCCUUCGACCUCUCCGACGCGCAGACGCUGGCGCACACCAGGCAGUGGCUCGCGGAUGCGCUGCGGGAGAACGCGGCCACCUCCUGCUUCAUCUUCCUUGUGGGAACCAAGAAGGACCUUCUGUCAGGGGCAGCGUGUGAGCAGGCCGAAGCGGAGGCUGUGCACCUGGCCAACGAGAUGCAGGCUGAGUACUGGUCGGUGUCCGCCAAGACCGGGGAGAAUGUGAAGGCGUUCUUCAGCCGAGUAGCCGCUCUGUCGUUCGAGCACUCGGUGCUGCAGGACCUGGAGAGGCGGAGCAGCGCCCAGCUCCAGGUCGGCGACGGAGACCUCGUCCGAAUGAAGGGAAGCUCACCUGAGAGCCAGGAGGGCAGGGGGCUCUCCAGCCUGGGUUGCUGUUAGCUGGGACCUGCGCCAGAGGCCUCCACGCCCCCACGCUCACAGGCAGCAGCUUCGGAACCUGUGGAGGGUGACAUGGAGUCCGAGCUCUGCAGCAUGUCUGCUCUGAGGUGUGGAAGGCCUGUGCUCUGGGCCCUUCACCCACCCACUGUGCAGCGCCCCAGGGCUCGGCCACUUCUCUUUGGCCCCCCACUGGCUGCCUGGGGGUCCCACAUGGCCUGGCGGGAGGGGGCACUGCAGUGAUCCCCUGAAAGGCUGGUCACACGUGCAGGGUCCUCAGUCUCCCUUGGCCUUGGAAGGCCUCAGGACUGCUAACUGGGAACACUCCUGCCCCGGCCCACACGCUCCGCCCUGGCCUGCAUCAGCAGUUGACCAGCACCCUCUCCCAGCCAUCCUGGGUGCGGCCUCACAGCCCGUCUCAUCACCGUGUUCCAGCCCACCUGUGCUUGCCAAAGUCGGCACCUGAGGGAGAACCCACCUAACGUCCCCCCGCGAGUUUUCUGUUGUCUGUAGGAAGCUUGUAGUUCUGGGCCUUGGAGUUCUGAGCCUUGCUGUCCACUGUCACUCUGCCACAGGCUCUAGGCAUCCCUGGGCAGGGCAGGCAUCUGGAUGGUGAAUUUUCCGGGCUUGCUGCAGGAGGAGGGCUGCACAGCCACCCUGGGGUAACUCCCUCAGCAGCCCUUGAGCGUGGUGCUGCCCUGCCCUGGCACCCAUGCCAGGCCCGUGCCCACUGCCGCCUCCACGUCCCUCUCCCCUGCUGGCCUGCAUGUCUCUUAGGCCCUGUGUAGUGGCGUCCACACAUCUCCAGAGGCUCCGGAGGCCUCCAGAGUCUAGCAUGUUCCCGUCUCCACUGCUUCCUCCUGCGCCCACAGGGCAGGCAGCAGCACCCUCUGCCAAGAGUGCUUGUCCACAGGUCUCCUCACCGCUGUGAACCAGCCCCAUGGUCCUGUCACCCUGGCUAUGCCCCCUCGUCCCCACCCACCCACCUUGUGCUGUAGGCGGGCGGGUACGUCCGGCGUCCCCACUCGCGUCCUGUAGAUGGUGAGCACUUUGCAGGUCAGCGCCGGCUGCCCGGUGCCUGGCACGCGGCAGGUGCCCCGCAAAUGUUCAUCGCCACACAGCGAUCACCAAGUAGCAAUUAGUGAAAAACACUGGCAUCUCUUCCUGUGUGUUCCUUCUUCACUGUAUUUUUAGCUCUCUUUUUAUUUUUUACAUAUAUAAAACACUUCCUCAUGCAAAUUGCUUUUAAAGUUGUUGUGUGCUCCCCGUGAAACAAGACAGCACAAAGCAUAUAAAAUACUGAGUGGAAACCCC